UCGUCACGCUACAAGUGUGAAGUGUGCUUGAAGCACUUCACUAGGCCAUCGUCAUUGAAAACCCACAUGUUUAGCCACACGGGUGAGAAGCCUCACAGGUGCAUGUACCCCGGGUGUAACAAGUGUUUUUCGGUGCGCAGCAACCUGCGUCGCCAUAUGCGGAUGCAUGAG